CACAUUCGAUGACAGGUUGAGGAUCGACUAAAUGUCUGUAAACUGGGGGGCGAGAAAGGUUUUGUGAAUUGAAUGUAAACAUUUCGGAAGAACAUUUGAUUUCUUAAAUAUAUAUGUGUUUUGGAGUUUCUUGUUAAAGCGAAUGUGCUUGACAAGACUUUGGAGUGAAUGAUUGAAGAUCAUGCAACAAUUUUGUGUUUCAAACAGUUUCACCUUCUGUGUGGUAUUUGUAUUUUUAGUAUAUUGUGGCUUUGGUAGUCGUGACUUUUCUGUGUAAAAAAACUUAUUUAUAUAUUGUUUAUUUUUUACUUUUCUCAGUUAUAUGUUAUAUUGUGUGUAGUAACAUUUCAAGUGCCUGUUCAUUCAACCCUCUCAUUAUAAAGUGUACAGCCAAAUUAAUACCAAUUUGAGGAUCUUCCUUGCUGAUGGUCUUGCUUUUUUGGUGUUGGUAAUAAAAACGGCAUAAAUCUGUCUGAACUGGAGUUGUUGGGUGCGAGGCCUGAAGAGGCUGGUGGAAUGUUUGAUUGGGAUGAAGGAGACAGAUUUUCAUUUGAAGACAGUGAUAGAUUUGAGGAAGAUUCAUUAUGCUCCUGGAUCAGUGAGCCUGAAAGCUCUUGUAACAACUGGAGAGGAUGGAAAAAACAAAAUGGAAACAGCUGUGGCACAUACCAUAUGUCGCAUUCUAAAAUAAAAGAUAUACCCUCUGGGCCAAACAGUCUUCAUAGAACAUCUGAAGACUACAAUUCAGCUCUUCCAACAGCAAGUCUUACUCAGACAUCUCAGUCUUCUGCUGUCGAUGGACAAGUUACAUCGCUUGUUGAGCUGUCUGCAAAAGUGGUAGCAUUUCAUAUACCAUUUGAAGUAGUGGAACAUGUGUGCCCACCUGUUCCAGAACAAUUGCAACUUCGAAUAGCUUUUUGGAGUUUUCCUGAAAAUGAAGAAGAUAUUCGACUAUAUUCCUGUCUGGCCAAUGGCUCUGCAGAUGAAUUUCAAAGAGGUGAACAUCUUUACAAAGCACGUGCGGUUAAAGAACUUUUGCAAAUUGGAUUUCAUCUGAGUGCCACUAUCACACCACCUCAAUCUUUAUCAGUUUCAAAAGGAACUUGUAAUGUUGCUGUAACAUUUGAUCGUUGUCGUAUUACUUCUUGCACUUGUACUUGCACUAGUAGUGCAUCAUGGUGUUCACAUGUUGUUGCUGUGUGUUUAUCUAGAAUUCAUCAACCAAAUCAUGUUCGUUUAAGAGCUCCUGUCUCCGAGUCUUUGUCUCGUCUUCAUCGUGUUCAACUCCAAAAAUUUGCUCAGUAUUUAAUUAGUGAGCUGCCACAACAGAUCUUACCGACAGCUCAGCGUCUUCUUGAUGAACUUUUAUCGAGUCAGCAAACUGCUAUAAAUACAUUAGGAGGUGCUCCAGAUCCAACUGCUGGUGCAUCCAUAAAUGAACAGACAACAUGGUGUCUUGAUGGCUCAACUUUGCAUGAAAACAUCAGAAAAAUACUCAUAAAAUUAUGUGUGCCAUCUCCUAUUGUGUUUAGUGAUGUAAAUUAUUUAUCAUCAACUGCUCCGCCAGCUGCUGCUGAAUGGUCUAGCCUUUUGAGGCCUCUGAGAGGCCGGGAACCUGAGGGAUUAUGGAAUUUAUUGUCCAUUGUGAGAGAAAUGUUUCAUCGAAGUGACAGGAAUGCUAUUCCACUAUUAGAAAUUUUAACAGAAGAAGUUCUACAAUGUGAUCAGAUCCUUUCUUGGUGGUUUAGUACGAAGGUGUCUCUCCAUAUGGGGUCAGGUGGUCAUGGCGGUCGAGGUAGCAUGCAUAGUAAUACCCAUGCUUCGCAACAUGCAUGCAGUAGUUUAUGCGAUGAAGUGGUUGUUUUAUGGAGGCUAGCUGCAUUAAAUCCUGCUCUCUCCCCCCAAGACCGACAAACUCUUUUUGGACAAUUAAGAUGUUGGCAUAUGAAAACUCUUGAAAGAGUUUGGAAAACCAGAAGUAGCAACAGUAAUUCAACUAGCUCCAUCAAAAGAGCAGACAUUGAAGUAUUUCCUGGUUUUCGUCCUGCAAUGGAAGGUUGUUUAUUAGAUUGGAGUGAUUAUCCAAUACCUGGUGUCACCUAUGCAGAAGGUGGUGGUAGACGUUGGUAUUGUCCUUAUGUUUAUUCUCGAACAACAGAAACUACUUCUACUAGUGUCGUUACAGCUAAUGACAGUGACAACAGUAAUUUAGCCUGUUUUUCAUCUCGUAGAGGACGUUCUGUUGAUGUUGGUCAACUGACUGGAUUGUGUCCUUGUGAUAAAUCUUCAGACAAAAAGUCUAUAUGUGUGCUCAAUUUUCAUCAUGAUCAACCUGUAGAUACACCUGAGCACAAAUCUAAUAGUAACCGCAGUUCAUUAAGCAGUGAAGGUUUUUGUGAAAAUGAGCAAGAAGCUCUUGCAGAGGCAUUGGGAGAAUCAUGCUGUUUACGACCAUCAACACACACAGAAAAUGCUCAUCUAAAUGAAGGAUCAUCUUCUAAAUUGGUUCAUGUAAAUAAUGUCUGGAAUUCUCAAGAAAGCCUCCAGUAUGACUCUGAUGGAGCUAAAAGCUCAGUCGAUAUAUGCAAAAAUGGACCUCAACCAUCAACGAGUAAAGCUGUUACAUCUCAGGUUGUUGUUGAAAAAGAGAAAAAUGAUGUAAAAUCUUCUGAAUCUCAUUCUUUUGCUCCACAUUGUGUCCAAAAAGCUACUUCUGCUAGGCCAACAGUUGAUUGUAGUGGAGAAGCUAGUGAAUCGCAACAAUCUAGUGAUGAAUAUCAUUUAUACUAUUAUGAUCCUAGAGUUAGGUUGCCUAGCCCGGAACAUCCCCAGCCAUAUAUUGAAGAACAAUGGCAUUCAGUAGCAGUAAAGAAAAUCGAAGAUUCUCUUGAAAUUCUCUUUGCUCGAGCUGAAGCUCUUCAUGCUCAUGGCCAUUCGCAUGAAGCAUGUAUGCUUGCUGUUCGUUUGGCAGAAGAAUUACUUGCUAGUCCACCAAAUUUAUCUGUUGAACACCCUCCAACUACUUGUCGAGGAAAAAAGGUUCGACGCUUUAAUCCAGCCAGUCACCAUGUUAGUUUGUUGGCAUCUGCUACAUUAGCCAAAGUGGCCUUUUUAUGCUCAGUUCUUGGGGAAAAUCCUGAACACCACCAUCUUGCCUUUCGUGUUGGUCUAUUUGGCUUAGAAAUGACACGUCCUCCAGCAUCAACUAAAGCAUUAGAGGUAAAAUUAGCUAAUCAAGAGCAAGAUCUUGUAUUGCUACUGAAACGAUUACCCCUUCUGGAUAAAGAAAUGAGUAUUAUAAGAGAAAGGGCUGAACAGUUACGAGAUGGAAAAUUGGUUUCAAGAGGAGAAGCACUUUUACCUCUUAUGCUUGCCAGUUUCAUAUUUGAUGCACUUACUCUAUCUAAUUCGCAAAAUCGUGGAAACCCAUCAUUGUGCACUAAACUUCCUGGGGAUGAGCAGCUUGGAUUUGAAGCUGCUGUAGCUGCUCUUGGUUUGAAAGCAAAUGUGUCUGAAGCGGAACAUCCUUUAUUGUGUGAAGGCACACGCCGACAGAGAGGAGAAUUGGCAAUAACUUUAUUAGUGACAUAUAAGGAUGAUCAAGAAAAAUUAGCAAAGAUUAUGGAGAAGUUGCUUGACAAAGAAGUUCACCAGAUGUAUAAAGCUCCUGCUUCUUCUAUGUAUUACUCUUCAGCUUCGAGCUCCCAGCAGAAUGGUAGUUCGAAUUUUCUUUCUUCUGAUGACAAAAACAUCAAUGAAGAUGGAACAUCUAAAGAUACUGAAGAAGGUGAAUUACAUGAAGAAGCAGAAAAUGGGCAGUCGGCAAGUGAUAAUCGGUCUGAGCACCAAUCUGUGGCACGUCCACGCAGCUUGCCAUCUGCUCAUAACUCAACUCCUGGUAGUUCUCGAUCAAGAGAUUCUCGACAAUCACACAGAAUGCAUGAAGAUAAUGGCGAACACAGUGAAGGAGCAUCAAGUCCUGGUUGGGAAGAGGAUUAUAAAGCUUGGGAAGCUAAGUUUAGAUGCACAAAUUUUAGAACUACAAAGAAACAUUCAGGAGGCAUGGCGAGUAUAGAUAGUAGUGCUCCUGAAACAACCUCUAGUGAUAACUCACCUACAGUGGUUAGACGUAGCACUUGGUUAAAACAGUGUGGACCAGGAAGCGAUAGUGGCAGUAGUGGAGAAAGUAGUGAUUCGUUUGCUUCUAGCUCAUCUGAGGAAAAAGCACCUAGAUCUAAAUCUCGUGAAGGAGAAAGUCUUCCUGGCCUGUUACUAAACAACAGAUUGCCAGCCAGUUUUCCGUCUCCAGAAUGUAAUAUUCGCGCUAACACACCAAACAUCAAAAAUUCUAGAUUCAAAGGAAAAAGAGCCUAUCCAAGUGUACCUAAUCAACCCAGUGAAGCUUCUGCUCAUUUUAUGUUUGAACUUGCCAAAACUGUAUUAACUAAAGCAGGUGGAAAUAGUUCAACUGCAGUGUUAUUUACUCAACCAUCAGCCAGUCAAAACCAUAGAGGACCCCACCGAGCCUUGCAUAUGUGUGCUUUUCAAAUUGGAUUGUAUGCCUUAGGCCUACAUAAUGCUGUUUCACCAAAUUGGCUAUCUCGCACUUAUUCUUCCCAUGUAUCUUGGAUAACAGGUGAAGCCAUGGAAAUUGGUAGUACAGCUAUCAAUUUCCUCAUAGAAACUUGGGAGGGCCAUUUAACUCCGCCUGAAGUUGCAUCUCUUGCUGAUAGAGCUUCACGUGGUCGAGAUCCGAGAAUGGUUAGAGCUGCAGCUGAGCUUGCUCUGUCUUGCCUACCUCAUGCCCAUGCUUUGAAUCCCAAUGAAAUCCAGAGAGCUUUGAUUCAGUGCAAAGAACAGAGCAGCGAAAUGUUAGAGAGGGCCUGUCUGGCUGUUGAAUCUGCGGCAAAAGGUGGAGGAGUAUAUCCAGAAGUAUUAUUUGAUGUAGCCAGACGAUGGUAUGAAUUAUAUGAGGAGAGCUUGGAUGAUCAUCCCAGCAAUCAGUCUGAGAGGCAGGCAAAUUCACAUAAUGUUGAAGCUGUUACCAGCGUACCCACACCUCCACCAACCUGUGACCAUAAUGUUGUCACCUCUCAUAAUAUUCAUUUAGGACAAGUGGAAGGAGUCAUAACUACUGUACCAUCUGUACAGGUCCUGUCUCCAUUAACAUGCCCUCCUGUUUCAUACACAUUAGCAUAUCCAACUGCUGCAUAUGGGUACAUGCCAUUCUCUCAUUCACAUGUGCCCAUUCAUCCUGCUUAUGUAUCAUCAGCUCCAACAUACCCUUAUCCACCAUUAGCCAACUUAUCUUAUUAUACACCUUCUGUUGCCAGUGCAACACAUAUACGACAUCCAACAACAGGUAUAUAUCCUGGGCAGGUUGUGGGUACAGCUGUAACAAGAGCCUCUGUAACGCAAACAGCACCUGUGUUGUCAAUGAAUGGACAUGCUGUUGUUACACAGCCACCACCUACAACCAUACCACCACCACAACAAACUCAGAUACAUGGCCCUCUUCCUCAGUUGAACCAAAGACAGAUGGGCUACUUACUUGCAGCCUACAGGGUAGGAAUGCUUGCCAUGGAAACUUUAGCCCGUCGUGUUCAUGACGAUAGACCUCAAGCAAAAUAUGCUCGAAACCCACCUUAUGGUGAAGAUGUUAAAUGGCUUCUUGGUAUUGCCAAAAAACUAGGCACAUCAUAUUUACAAGAUUUCUGCAUUUGUACAGUAAACAGUGUUGCCAGUCCAUUUAUAUUGCAUGAAAUUGUUGUAGAAGCUGCACAGUAUUUGGCACGUUCUUCAACUACUCCACUUCCUCAACCACUACGUUCUCAUUUAUUAACUCCCUUGAUACAGAAAUGUCAGCAAAUGUUUACUGCUUGUACUCAUUUUAAAAUGUAUCACAUAACACCUGCUGAGUAUGAUGAAUUUGUGAACAUCAUACGCAGUGCCAGAACGGCUUUCCAACUUACACCUGGUGGAAUGGUGCAGUUUAAUGAACUUCUGCAAAGCCUGAGGCGCACAAAGUCCUGCAAGAAAGAUCUUUGGCAGAGAAUUGCGAACACAUUGGUUAACCCAACCAUUUGAUGAUGAUGUUAUUAGCUCUCUGACUAGGAAGACUGAGUUGAAAGCUGUUAACAGAAAUAUUAAGAUAUUGCUGUCCAAUUUUGUUAUUGUUGUUUAGAAUACAAUCUGUGUAAUUUAUACCUCCAAGGACUUGAUAGUAAUUAUUUAGUUUAUAUAAGUUAUGGCAUAUGUUUUGUGUCUGUUUUCUUUUAUGUUGUGUUGUUUUUAUUUUUAGAAGUAUAGAAAAAUGGACAAUGGAAAAAAAAAGUUUAAAGAAAGUUUCUAAGUGCCAAACUUUUUAUUUAAGUUUAGGUUAAAGCUGUUUCUACAUCAAUACUUGCGAUGUUUUUUAUAUGUUUUCUAUCUGUAUCUGUAAACACUUUUUUUCAGUCAACAUUGGUAUAAGUCAUGUUUAUGUUGAUUUUAAUUAUUUGUGUGUUGUCAUUAAGUUACAAUAAUUAAUCCUCAUUUUGUUUUUAAAGCCAUAAUGGUUCUUUCUAAAUCUCUUUUCAUUGCAUUUCAUAGCCUACUCAUUUAUAUCUUUGACUUUCUUUCAUGUGUUGUUGAAUGUGAGAAUUGCUCUUGUUAGUCAAUUAUAAUUAAUAUUGUUUUAUGACCUCAUUUUUCUGUUUGUCAUUUUAUUAGUCAUUGGCACUUAGCUUCUUUCUUUGUUGUUUAUUAUAUGAAAUUUGUAAGUGUUUAAAUGUCUAAAUCCUAGCAGGUUAUAAUCUCUGCACAUUAGUUGGAUUCCUAUAUUUUUAUAAACCUGUUGGCACUUAAAUUUGCACUUUAUGCUUUAAAAAUUGUUGUAUGUAUAAUUAUUUCCUCUUAGUUUAUUUAUAUAUUUCUUAUUAAUAUGUGGUUAUAUUAGAAGUAUUUAUCAAUCUAUAUUUUAUGUUGUAUUUAUUUUUCCUUGUAAGUAUGUUUACGUGUAAAUUAUGUUUUUGUUAGAACUGAAUAUACUUAGAUCAGUGAUUUUCAACCUGUUUAUGCUUUACAUAAUCUGGAAAUGUAUGAAAGUUAACAAUUAAAUUAUUCAUAAGCUUUCAAAGACAUUUAUUAUUCAAUAUUAUUAUUAUUAUUAUAUUUUUUUAAGAAGCCUAUCCAUGCUGCUGUUAAACAUACAUUCGCAUACAUUUCAGUAAUUGCUGUUUGGUAAUAAAAGGAAAAUAAAAUACAAGUAAAAAAUGUUUGCUUCCUAGUAAUUGAAUGGUUUCAACUUAUUAAAAUCUAUAUACUGACCAUUAAAUAAUAUAUAUUUUCAAAAUUAUUCCCAAAUCAGAUUGCUUUGCAAAUAUUUGUUUUUAUUGCAUUAUGGCAUUUUUAAGCUUAUUGCAUUGUUAUUCAUAAUUUUAUUGAAAGAAAAUUAUCAGAAAUAUUACUGUAAUUCUAUGAUUCUAAAGCACUCUUAAACACAUAUGAAUGUAAAAUAUGCAAAAUUGCUAUUAAUGACGGAAAUGUAUAUAUACUUCGAUGUCGUAUCUACACUUCUAUUGCCAAAAAUAGGUUGCUAUCAAUUUCAUAAAUAUUUACAAUAUGUUUAAUUCAUAUGAGAAUUUUCAUUUCUUACAGAUUGAAAAUCACUGCAUUAGAGUAUAUAUAUAUUUUUAAAUUAUAAAAUUUUUGGAUAUUUUAUUAAGUAGUAUCCUUAUAGGAAAAAGCUUUCUCCUUUCCCAACUUGUAUUUUUUUUAAUCUGUUUUGUUGAAUUUAUUUGUAGUUUUUAAGCUAUAUAUUAAAUUUUUUUUUAAUGUUGUCUAUUAUUGGAUUUGGCCUGCACUUUAUUGUAAGGUUUACAGAAAUCUAGGGGUGUUUUCUAUGUACUAGUCUAAUGAAUGAUUUCUAUAUUUCAUUUUUAUUUAAAAAUCUGCUUGAAUUAGACAUUUGUAUGUAUUUGUAUCUUUCUUCAUGCCUAAUCUACUUUGUUGUUUAGGAAUAUGGCUGAAAGAAUUGUGCUUCUCUUGUGAAAGUUAAUAAAUAAUUCUUGAAUGUCUGCUGAUCCUCUGUAAAAAACAAAUGUAAAAAUUAAAAAAGAAAAUAAAAAGUUUGUGUUAUUUGUAAAAUUUAGGAAUAGUAAAUGAGUUUCAGUAUCUACAAGUGAAACAUUUUACCGUAUUUAAUGUAGCUUAUAAUUUAUGGAUGUAUAGUGGGAGGAAACUGUACCUGAUUAAUUUCAAAACAUUAUUCAUAUGGUAUUUAUUUGGUUUUGUAUUAUAAAAUUCAUAUCCCUGCUUAGUUAUUUAGAUGUUGUAUCUAUAAUUUCCAACUUUGAAUAUCAAUUUGAUUCAAUUUCUCAGUAACAUUUAUCUGUUUUAUUGGUUUUCGUCUGUUUUGAGAAGGAAUGGGAAAACUUUUCUAUGCAACAGUUUAAAAAUAUUUUGUAUGUUGUGAAUUAUACAACUGAUUCCUUAAAAUAGCUUUGAGAAAGUAAAAUUGCAUUUUUCUGAAUAAAAUCCACUGUCUAUACAUAUAUAUAAUUAUGUGUAUAUGCAGACUAUAUUCUGGAAUAUUGUGUUUUCUUAAUAACUCUUGAUAUUAUAUAUGUGUAAUCUUAAAUGUUCUCUUAUAUGUUCUUAGGAAAUUAGUGAGUCUAGGUUUAUUAUUAACAUUUUAGGAAAUGCUGCUGCGUGUUCAAAAUCCUAGUGGAAUGGAAUGCCACAAGGUUGCAUGUCUUACAUGCACAGUUGUCUUUCUUGUUAAGAACUAUGCAAAUUGUGUUGGUCAGUUUCUGAAUAUUCAUGUUUUGUAGCUUUAAUUGAUGUCUGUUCUUGAAUAUUUUAUGAUUACUGGUGUGGAAAGUGGUAUUUAUUCAUGUUUAUAAAUGUUUUUUACAUGUUAAACACUGUAUUUUGGUUGUUUGUAAAACACUUUUUUAAAAGUAUAUAUUUUGCUUAUGUGUGCACUGCUUUUCAAGAAUUAAUUUAAUUUUAUAAUAUUAAUCUGAAGACUGUAUUUUCCUAUAAAUACCUACAAUAUGACACUCUUAUGCUGAGUCACAGAACUCACUUGGACACACUUUUACAUCUGUUACCAUGUUACAUAUAUCAGUAUAUUUCUUAUACUGUGAGUAGAGAUUUCUUUUCCUCCAUAGUUCUAGUGAUCUCUUGAAGAAUUGAAGAUAUUUUUAUGUGAAAUGCAUUAACGUUUUCUGAUUCUUCACUUUGACAGUUCUCUGUCAAAGUACUGAAACAUAUUUAAUCUUAAAAUGGUAAUGUUAAUGCUUGCUUAAUUAUCUGGAUUUGCACUCAAUCACACUAUAUUUCAGUGGUUGCACUGAUGCAUAACACUCAAAGAACAUUGUUUUUCUUCUGUUAAAAUUUUGAAUACUUUUAAAUAAGAUGAGGUAUUUAAGUACACUGUAUGGGAAAAGCAGUGUACAACUAUAAUGUUUUUAUCUUUAAAAUAUAUCACUUUAAAGGAAAUCGCAUUGCGAUAAAUUUUAUUGAAUGUCGAACAAUUUUACUUGUUCUAAACAUCUAUAUUCAUUUUAUUAGAAUAAAAUUGUUAUAUAUUGAUGCAUCUAUUUUUUAAAAAAAUUUUCAUUUAAACUGGCUAAUUUGCAUUUAUCAACAUUAGAAACUUGUUGAAAAAUUUAUCUUAAAAUGAAGCUGGUUUUCAUUUACAGUUAGACUGUGUUUUAUUUGUUUCAAUUCUGUAGGAUCUAUUUAUGUAUGCAUAAAUGAAGGCAUGUGCUUAUUUAUAUAUUUUGAGAAUUUAUUUAUAUAUUAUAUUUCUUUUGCGUUUUAAAUUUUCUUGUGAAAGUAUCAGUCAAACCAUUAUUAAUGCUUCUGAAAGGAAAAGGACAGCAAGGAACUUAUCAUUUUAUAUUAUUUUAUCAGCACUGGAUUUUAUAUUUGAAAAAGAAAAAAUCAUUUGUGAUUGAAGUUGCUGGCUUUCUUGAUAAAGGCUUCAAUUUUUGUUUAUUGAAAUAUCUUUUUUCUUCUAAAAUAUAAAAUAAGUAAUAAACAUUUAUGUGUGCAUAGAUAAAGUUGCGUACUUGGGUUGUAGCUGAAGCAAUGUUAUAAUUAAAAUUCUGUGUUAAGACUAAUAUUUGCUCCCAUCUCUUAUAAAAAUUUUAAUAUGCAUUAUUGUAUUUCUGUGUCAUGUGGAAUUUAUGGUAUGAUUUAAUUUGCACUAUAUUAAACUUUUCUUUUUUCUUAUGGUAGUGUAGUUGAUGGACUAUAUGAUUGCUCAUGAAGUAAUUUUGUAUUUAUUGAACUUUUUUUAAUCUAACCUACAUGCAUAAUCUCUUGUAUCCUUUUUUUCGUUUAUAUUUUAAGUAUGAUAUUUUUAAAUUUGUUUCUUAAAAGAAAAAAAAAAGUCUGGCAAAAAUUCUUCCUAUUUAAAAUUUAAUUUUUAAAAUAGUAUUUGAGGCUUCGUUUUUAAAUAUCAUUUAAAAAAUUACUGUGCAGAAAGUUUUCCUUUUUUCUGUGUUUUAAAUAAGCUGGAUAAACUGGUAAUAAGCAAAAAGUAAAUGAUAAUUGAAAGAUAAUAAACUUUAUUAAAUGUUGAUAUUUUUUCAAUUUUCAUUCCAUUUAAUUUAAAAAGAAUUCUUUCUUUAUUAAAUUCACUUUUUUAAACAUGAUAAUCUUUUGAUUAAAAAAAACUUCAAUGUUGUUUAUAUAUCAGUAUACUUUCUGAGUUGUUAUUAUUAUAAUAGGAAAGGAUGUUUUAUUAAACAUCAAAGAAUCAUGCCACAUGCUGUUUUGUAAUUCUUAUCAAUGGUAUAUCAAAGAGUGAUUUUUAUCAGAAGGAUCAUUUUGCCAAAGAUUAAUCUUAAAGUAUCAAUGAUUUGAACCAGAGGGAAGGAUUAAUCAUUUAGUUUUUACAACCCUUUUUCCUUCAGAAACUAUGCUAUUGUAUAGAGUAUCUUGAAUAAUUUAUAGUAAACAUUUAGAUUCAUGAUAUAUUUCUGGCGAUGCUUUUCUGAAAAUUAUUCCAGAUAAUUUUUUAGUCACAAAUUCGUGUCUUCAUUUUUAUUUAUUCGAAAUUUGACUUUUGUGCAAAUUUAAAUUGAACCAUGAAAAAACAUCUUAUCUUAGCUAAUAAUGCAUAAAAUAUAAUGUAAGCACUUGGAGAUUUUAAAUUAUAGUAAAACACAAAUUUAGUAUAUUUGGCAUUUUUUAAUAUUAAUUAUAUUGUCAUUAAAACAAAAAUUAAGUUACCAAAGUAAUUUUACAUUUCCAAUUUUAAUACAUGGCAAAAAUUGCUAAUCUCCAGAAUCAAAAUUAUGAAUUUUGAUUUACUCUUUCAUUAUACCAUUGAGAAGAUUCAAAUACAUAAAUUUUUGUUUUUGUAGACAAAAUUUCUUAACUCUUAACAUUUCAAAUGUUAUGUGUGCAUAAUUUCAGAAAGAGUGGAACUGUUUUGAGUUUUCAGUAUGAGUUCUAAUGUAAAAUCGCUUUAUAUUUUGAAUAGAAAACUUUGCGAUUCAUUUCUUAUGUAAUUAAUUGAAUUUAAAGUGUUCUCUUAUUCAUUUAUGUUUAGUAACAACUAUUUUUAUUUUGUAAAUUACCAGUCUAUAUAUUGGCAUUAUAAAUGAUUGUCAAUAUCUUUUAUAUUAAUAACUGAAAGUAAUAUGGCUAUUCUGAUGUAGUAACAUAGUAGUUGUGUGAUAAACUGCUUUUUAUGCUUACCUAUCGAAGGCAUUUUAACAACUGUAUGAUCAAAAAGUACAAUGAAAUGUGCAGAUUUUUAUAGUCGACUUUUAUUCAAGGAAGCAAUUGAAAAAUUGUGUGGCCAAUUCUUCAAACAACCAUCAUAUGUAGAUACAGUCACUUUAAAACAAAACUAAGUUUUUAACACCAUGCAAGAAAAUAUGAAAAGUACUUAGGAUUGUAGUUUUCUGCUUAGUGGAUGUAACUUAAUCUUAUUGCAUCUAAACCAGUUUCUGAUCAUUGUUGUGCAACAGCUGCAGUCUGUUGUAGUAAUCUAUGUUGUGUAAAAUUGUGUUGUUUGUUACAUUCUUGUUACAUAAUUAUUGCUCUCCACUUUUCAAAGUGCUAAUUUUUUCUGAACGUGUAAAAUAAACCAUCGUCAUCUGCAUAAAAGUGAAAAAAAAAAAAUUCUAGAUAAUUCACAAUGUUAAAAAAUAUCAUUUUGAUGCAUGUUUUAAGCUUGUGCAGCAGAGCUGUUCCAUUGACUUUUGGCAGUAAGCUGCUACUAUGUUUAUAUAAUACAAAUAGUGAGCCAUUUUACUGUGACUGUGUCAUAUUAUCUUGUGUUUAGACAUGUCAUCUUAUAUGGCAAGACUUUUAAAUAAAUUGUCACAAUAUUAAAUUCCACAAA